UUCCCCGGUGACAAGUAGCAGUGGUGCACGGUGUGCUGCUGCUACUUGUCCCUGGGGAACCAAACGUCCACUCUUGUCUGGAUGCAGCACCUGAGAGUACUGUGCUGUUCUGGUUAUCUUUUUCCUUGAAUAAAUUUCAGAAGUGACUAAAUCUGCUUGUGACCACAAUAGCUGGGAUGUUAUAGACCUUUCCCAGGGAAAUGCUCUUCAGAAUACCAUCUGCAUUUGGAAACUUUGGACAGAUCCCAGCCUGUUGAGGUAUAAAGAACAGACCAUUAGAAACAGUCUUGCAUUGAAAGAGACUUGUAUUAAUAAAGUAUGACUGAAAUUAUGAUGAUACAGGAAUUCAGGGAGAAGAUGUCAUAAAUGGGUAGCAGCUGUAGUAUGAUAACAGGAGAGUGACCAACAUUUUCAACAGAGGCAUGGCAAGAAGCUAAUCGACUGUUUUUCUUUGUGAAUUCCCACGAAACUGAGACACAUACUGGAAAAAAUUCUGUGGGUUCAAAAAAUCUGCACCUAAGAAAUGAGUAAGAUGAUGUAAAUGUCAAGUUGAUAAAGACCUCAACAUUGACCUUCAGAACAAACAAGGAGAUGAAACUCAGAUGUGAUUAUCCUCUGAGCGAUUCUGUCACCCACAUUGUAGCAGAGAACAAUUCUUGUGGUGAGGUUCUGGAGUGGCUAAGAGGACAGAAGGUGAGGGACAGUUCAAGGUUUGAACUUCUUGACAUCUCUUGGUUCACAGCCUGCAUGGAAGCUGGAAAGCCAGUGGAUUCUGAGAUCAAACAUCGACUCAUUGUGCAACAAGCUUGUUCUGCUACUUCAGAGACAUGUGUAUCAGAAGCUUCAUCACUUGCUGCAGACAGAGUUUCUCAAUAUGCAUGUCAGAGGAGGACAACUCUAAAUAAUUACAACAAAAAGUUCACGGAUGCUUUUGAGAUACUGGCUGAAAAUUGUGAGUUCAGAGAAAACAAACUAGGUUGUUUGGAAUUCUUGAGAGCAGUUUCUGUGCUGAAAUUCCUUCCAUUUCCUAUAGUAAAAAUGAAGAAUAUAGAAGGACUGCCUUGCAUGGGAGACAAAGUCAAAUGUGUCAUUGAGGAAAUAAUAGAAGAAGGAGAGAGUUCUCAAGCUAAAGAAAUAUCAAAUGAUGAACGAUACAAAUCAUUCAAAUUGUUUACUUCUGUGUUCGGAGUGGGGUUGAAGACAACUGAAAAAUGGUACAGAAUGGGUUUUCGAACUCUGGAAGAAGUAAAAGCUGAGAAGACUCUGAAGCUGUCACGAAUGCAGAUAGCAGGGUUUCUCCACUAUGAAGACAUUGUUUCCUAUGUAUCUAAGGCUGAAGCAGAUGCAGUGAGCCUACUUAUAAAGGAUACUGUGUGCAUGUUUUUACCAGACGCUUUAGUGACCGUAACUGGUGGUUUCAGAAGGGGAAAGAAGACUGGCCAUGAUGUAGAUUUUUUGAUCACCAAUCCAGGACCAGAGGAAGAAAAAGAACUUUUACAUAAAGUGGUUGACUUAUGGGAAAAACAGGGCUUACUUUUAUACUAUGAUGUCAUUGAAUCAACAUUUGAAAAGGAAAAACGGCCAAGUAGAAAAGUUGAUGCUUUGGAUCAUUUUCAGAAAUGCUUUGCAAUUUUAAAAUUACAUCAGCAAAGAACAGGCAACAGCAAUAGCAAUAUAUCCAAAGAAUCUGAUAAAGCAGAAGUCAAAGACUGGAAGGCAAUCCGGGUGGAUCUGGUCAUAAGCCCCUUUGAACAAUAUGCAUAUGCUCUGUUAGGUUGGACUGGCUCCAGGCAAUUUGAACGUGACUUACGAAGGUAUGCCUCUCGUGAAAGGAAGAUGAUGUUGGAUAACCAUGCCUUAUAUGAUAAGACUAAGGCCCUGGUUCUCAUAGGGGACUUCAAUCACCCUGACAUCUGCUGGGAGGGCAAUACAGCAGUACACAAGCAAUCCAGGAAGUUUUUGAGGACAUUUCUCAAAGCUGAAAGUGAACAAGAAAUUUUUGCCCAUCUUGGCUUGGAUUACAUUGAACCAUGGGAAAGAAAUGCCUAAACAGCUUUGCCUGAAUAACUUCAUCAGCACUUAGAACAUUGUCAGUGUCUGCUUGUAGACUUCACUGCUAUAGCACCUUUUGAAAUGAGAUAUGCCUCAAAUAUCAGUGUGCCUUCGCUGUUUAUCAAGAAAAUUAUGGGAAAAAGUUAGAAUUCAUUAUAGAUGCUAAUAUUUUAAGUGCUUGUAGAAAAUAAUAUGUGGGAGAUGAAAUUUCAUCACAAGUUUUGGACAAGAGUGUCAAGUUAGUGUGUUUUGAAUGUUUUCAGACAUUGUGCUUGGUAGUUGUGCAAGAACAGAUUGUGAAAUUUUAAUAAUAGGUUAGCCAAUCACUUGUUUAGGGUGGUUUAGAUGAGGAUAACCCUGUCUUGAGUGGGGGGAAGAGGGCAGUUGGACUUAAUGACCUCCUGAGGCUCUGUCCAGCCCUACUUUGUUUUGAUUCUGUGAAAUAAAAACCUUACGUAAAAAUGA